CCAACAACGUCGGGAUGGCGAAGGACAACAAGUUUUAUGCCUACAAGAACCAGGAGCGUCUCAUGUUUGGCGCCCUUUUUAUGAACAAGCUUUGCACCCACGUGGAAAAUCAGACUGGGCUCAAAUCCUCCGCGGGCGUAGCGAAGAAUAAAUUAAUGGCAAAAGUGGCAUGUUCUUUAAACAAGCCGGGCAAAAUUACGGUUCUGGGGGACGAGGCGUUUCGGAGGGUGUCCUCUCUCGUUAAUAUUUCCAGCAUUCCAGGCCUCGGUGGAAGUAUGGGUCAAGAACUGAUGGAAACGUUUAGCAUUGUCAAAGUUUCCAAAAUUUUUGGAAUACCCUUCGACCAAUUGAAGGACAAAUUUGGAAACAUUGCAGCUCAAAAUAUUUACAGUUGGGCACAAGGCCGGGAUGUGGAUCCUGUCGUGGCGAAGGUUAUGAAGGAUAAGAUUAAAGUGAAUAAACCGGCUGGGGAUGUUCGGACCUUGCUAAGAUUGGAGUCCAUCCUGUAUAAUCUCAUUUUAGAAGUCGGGGAAAUUUUACAGGAGGAGGAAUCGAGAUACUUCCGAACAACUGACACUAUCCGAUUGGAGUUCAACCUUGCCGGGGAUAAAAAGGGAUUCAGUGAAGACUUCCGUAUUUCAGAUAAGGACAAGUUUAACAAAAUUUUGAAAUGCAUCGUGCCAACGGCAAAGUUACAAUUUGACACGGACAACGUUGUCACGUCUCUGGCUUUGGUCCUGAAAAACUUCGAGCCAAGGCGCAAUCAAAACAGUCCCAAAUUAAACUUGGAUUUGGAUACCUCUAUGCAAAAUUUAUCACUCGGACUGCCAAACACAUUGAAGGUCGACACCAAAUCCCCACCGACUGCUUCUGACCUCACUUUUCGUCACAGUCCUGUCGGCUUCUUCAGGAUAACGAAAGAUUUAACAUUCUCCAUGGAAAGCAAAGACGCCUUACCGCGUUUAAUGGAACUCGAAGAUCUCCACUCCCUUGUGGGGUACAAUUUAUUCAAAGCCUUUAAUCCUGCCACACGUCCAACCGUAAUUACCGAUUACACUUAUUACGACGAAAUCAAGCAUCGCUGUUUCAGCGAGUGGCUGCGUUUGGAGGGGCCCAAAUUCAAGGGGAAAGUCCAGUUUAUCUCAUUUCACGGGAGAAUUCUCCGCUCACUGAAGACUAUCUGGAACCAGACGUUUGGCGAAUGGGACACCUACGCGAUGAAUGUAAACGGAACGAUUUAUCUCUGGGAUGAGAAAACUCCUCGACCAAGAUCACAAUCAUUCCACUAUGCGAGACAAUUUAUGGGGUGUCUGUUUGAAAAUUUGACAACCGGAAAGGGCAAAGACGGACUACCUGAGGACGAUAUUGAAAAAGUUUUUGUCAUUCAAAAAGUACAAUUUGGCACGCAUACGCUUCUCCUCUUGAACAAUGUGGAUGCUCAAGACUCUUCCGGAAAUUAUGUGCAAGUCACUCUUUCCGCGGAUCAGACUGAAUUCAAAAACAACAACGCUUCCCUGGUCUUAGAGCUCAAUUUAAAAUUGUGGGCGCAAGCAGUCGUCUCGGGCGCGGAGAGAUUGGUCAUUGGAACUAAAAACAAGAAAAACCUCUUGACUCGUGUCCAACUCCUUGAGACGGACGAAUUUCGCGCUACACUUAUGAAAAGGGAGGAAAUGGCGAAAUGUUUCAAUUUUCAGGACCGGUUAUUGACCUUCAUCAAAAUUCACUUGCCAGAACAUGAUCGUAAACUGGUUAAAAAAUUUUCAUGGUGUCCUGGGAAACAUAACGUUGCCGUGAGCACGGUUCCAGAAGAGGAAGUGGAUAAUUUACUAAUUCCCAAGAUUUACUUGAAAUAAAUUGCACGGAUUAAUUUUGUGCAUUUAUGUAUUUGGAACUAAUGUGAUAUAUAUGAGCCAAUUCACGUCAACCUUCAUUCAAAAUUCUGAAUGGUUACCUGGCAGAUUAUUUAUUUUUCAAUUAGCAACCAAAUAACCUCUCAGAAAAUUACGGAUGUACGAAAUUUGACGUGAAUUUUCUCAAAAUUUAUGUUAU